AUUGAACGACGCCCAUGCCUACUGCCGGAGCCACGACGGGUUCCUGCCUUCCCAGACGCACCUGGACACGCUCAGGCGCCUCCGCAACUCCCUCACGUGGACGGCACUGGCACCCUUCCACGGGCACUACCAGUGGCUCUCGCACUGCCCAGCAACCUCCGCAGCUCCCAGCCAGUUCGUGAUGUGGAAGGAGAGGCCCGAGCUCUGGUCCCGCGACUGCAGCGCCUUCAACGUCACCGCCGCCAUGUUCCUGCUCGUCCCGUGUUCGAUGCGUCUGCGCUUCGACUGCGUUCUCUCCCGAGCCUCUUUCGAAGCAGAUGAGAUCGACUACGAGGACGUGGAGCUUCGAGUGAGCGGAAACAUAAGCGGCGCGCACAGCUGGCUCGAGGUGGACGACGAGAACUACGAGCCACUCACGUGCGUCGCCGUCAGGAAGUCCACCGGCUUCCCGCUCGACCCUCAGCCGCCCGUCUUCUGGAGCAAGGAUGGGGUGUAUUCGGGUUACUGCGAUAACAGCAUACUACCAGCCACCGUCCACGACCCCACCAAGUCCGACUCGAUCCUCCCUGGCAUAUCGGAAAAGAGCGACUCGAUUGUAGUGAGUCAGGGGACAGUAUGGUGCGAGACGUGGGUUCCGCGUUCAACGGCGCGCAUCGCCAGUAAACAGGUUCUUGUCACGCUGAAGGACUGGCUGGUUCUAAUCUUCAACGCCCACGUAGAGGAGCCUCCGGGACGAACAGUGGAGGAUGCCAGGAGAUCGCUACAAGCCAUCUUUAGGACUCAGUUUGACAAUAUAUCCAACUAUAUAAUGGAUCCAAUAUCAGUCGACAAAAGACCAAAUUUAGAUGGGACAAAAGUAUUUGCCAAUUAUAGUUUUCAUCUUCAUAUACCGAAGAAAGAUUUAGGAAGUUUGUUGGAUAAUCUAAGACACUUUCAACUCAAGAAACUCACAUACGAUGAAAUUUUCAGGGAAAAUCAGAGAUAUGGAUAUUUAAAUUCAUCUCAUGUAGCUUUUCCAGUGUUUUGCCUGAGACAUAAAGAAAUCUUAGAGGACGGGAGAGAAAUCGAAUGGCCUUUCACGGAGGUCGGUUAUGUUUUUCCAAAAAACUGGAGAUGUAGAGUCAAAUAUGGAAAGCUUUCUCCUGGGGUGUGUAUGUGGAACUACAACCAUGGGGCACACAUACAGUUCGACUCUUCCCAGUGCACGUGGACUGACCUCUGCCCAGAAGGAUACAGGGCAGUGGCUAAAAAGCACUGUGUUAAGAUUUCAGCACCUGACACGUGGGAUGCUGGGUUUGGUGCAACAUAUAAAACUGGUCUGGAGAACAGCGUGCUUGAUAAGUUCUCCUUCAUGAAGCGAACCAGAGGGAGAAAUCUAUAUGAAGCUGUCCAGAAGCUGUUAAAUGAGAGCGAAACUGGUAGCAAGAUAUGGCUACCCACAAGGCGUAAACGGCCACUUAGCCCUUUGUUGUUCAUGGGCCCUAACAAAACCGAUUUUACCUACAAUCCUAAUGAAUUCAUUUCAUGGGAGAGUGGUCAUCCUCGUAUAGAUUAUGAAUGCUUGGCUCUGGACACAAACAAUAACUCACUGCAGACUUCAAACUGUAAUACGCAUUUACCUUUUGUAGCUGUGAUUGAGAGCAACUUCCUGACAGAUAAGAUCAGCAGAUGGCCUUUGCUAAUCAAGGGCAGUCUUUUAUGCCCGACUGGAUGGAAUACUACUAUAUUUAAAGGUAAAGACGAAACAUGCUUCAAGUUGUUCCAGGUCAAGCAAAAUCUGACAUGGCCUGAAGCCAGCCAGUUUUGCGAAGAUUUGGAUGCACAGUUACCCACGCCCUAUGUAGGAUUUCUAGACUGGGUUUAUCGCCAGUAUUUGUUCUUGAAUAAGGUGCCAAAUGUCUGGAUGGGAGUAGAAUGGAGAAAUGAACGUCUACUCUAUAGCGGUUCUGAAGAGAACCUGAACUGGCUAGCUGAUACAGACUACUCGCAGCCUUAUGGUGUUCUGGAACAGAAUGGCUGGAAACUUCAGGGAAGAAAGGAAGGUAAACAUCAUAUUCUCUGCCAGAAAAUAAUCUCUCCAAGAGUAGCUAUGCAACUUCAGGUCCACGAGCCAGAGUCUGUAGGUUCACAGACCAUGUGUAUUGAUGCAGAACCCCAGACCCUCUUGGCUGACGGGGAUUAUAUCCACCCACGCUGUUAUGUCAAUGGGGAAUUUACCCAUCAUGAGCGCACAGAAGAUUCCGGUUGCCAGUAUGAGCUGAAACUGAGUGGCCAGGGUUACUACCAGUGCCAGGCUUGGGCUCAUCCGCCUUUCUCAUUCGUUAAGUCAAACGUUAUUUUGCACAGGGACCCAGCGACACAUACCUUCGUCAUCACUCUCUUCCAGGAUAAACCUUACGUGCCCCGGCGUCACGACAGCUCCUUCAUGUUGACGAAUAGAUCGAACAGGGACUCCGAUACUUGUGCUGAAGUUUUCAUGGCAGAUUUGAGGAGUACUGACUUAACUGACAGAUUCCGGUUUACAGAUAAAAAUUUCUUCUAUAUGCCAUCUCCUACUGAGAUGAAGCUUCUGCACAAUUUCCAUCUUGAGUGUGAGAUUAAAGAUACAAAUACAUUUCUUAUGCCAGAGAAGACUUUGUUGAAGACUCUGAAUGAGAUGCUUCCUAUGGGAAAGACUUUCUCUGACUGCAGACUUUGGGACCUCCGAAGUACGCAGGGUUGUUUGAGGGACGUCACACAAGAUUUUGGCUCAGGCACCACUAAAGAACUCACUUGGCCUUCAACAAGCGGAAAUGCCAUAGUGCUUCCUGAACAGUUAUGCAUUACAGCUGAAGGGGAACCUGUCACACGAGAGUGCCUUGGAGACUUCUUUGUAGGAUACUACUGGGGUCCUCCAUCGAACAACUGCACAGGAGAUCCUUCAUACAUUACUCGAGAGCUCUGGAAGAUUAGUACAAAUCCCAAACACUUAAGUGAAUCCUCUGAACUGACCGUCCUCACUGCCAACAGCACUUCACUCCAGCCUGCUGACAUUCACUUCGUUGCCCAGACACUAGAUGCUUUCUCCAGAGAUGAAGAUAUUUCCAGUUUCGAUUUGGAAGACAUCGUCGGAAUUAUGAAUAAUGUCAUGGCGGCAAAUGAAACUGCAUUUGAACCAGUUCAGUGGAAGUUGAAUUCUUCGAGCACAAUCCUUGAAGCUUUCGAAAAGAUGACGUUUAAGGUCCAGUUACCAAGGGAAAAAGGCGACCAGGCCAAAAACUCCUCAAGGGAAUUUAUAUCCGUUGAGCGUCUGGAUCUUGAGGUAAACUCGACCAUCAUCGGUUACAAGUCACGCCAGUUGGCCGGUAAAGAGAGACACGGCGAGACACUUAUAAAGGGCGUCAAUGAACUGGACCUCGACGAUGCCGAAGCAGCUAUUCUUCUUCCCAGUAACUUGACCUUCACCGUUGCUGGGGACAUAGGUCAAGGGAGGUCAGUGGAGAUAGAGGAAGAGAAGGUGCAGGUAACUUUCGCCGUUUACCGUAAUGAGAAGUUGUUUCAGGAGAAUUUAACCAACUAUACCGUAAACAGCCAUAUCAUUCAGGCAACAUACAAAGGAAAGAUCGUCAAAAACUUAAAGGACCCAAUCAAAAUCUAUUUCAAGCCAUUGAAGAGCGGAAAUGAUACCGUUUGUGUGUACUGGGACUUUGCCAAAAAUGGCGGGAGAGGUGGGUGGUCAAGUGACGGAUGCUGGCGGGGACCGCGAGAGAAAAAUCACGACAUUUGUCACUGCAAUCACCUCACCUGUUUCGCCCAGCUCAUAAACUACGACGAAAACAGUAGCUUCUCAGGCACCGAUGCCCUAGUUCUCGAUAUCAUAACGACCGUUGGUUGUUGUCUUUCCAUCUUCGGCCUCCUCUUAGUCUUCACGACAUUCUUCCUCUUCAAGAAGUGGCGCCGCUCGCUGAGUAACAAGAUCUUGGUAAAUCUGUCGUUCUCGGUGUUCUGCAGCAUGGUCGUCUUCCUCGCCGGGAUCAAACAGACUUGGAACGUCACGCUGUGCCGCGGGGUGGCCGUCGGCCUCCACUACUUCAUCCUGGCCUCCUUCGGCUGGAUGCUGGUCGAGGCGGUCCACCAGUACCUGAAGUUUGUCAAAGUUGUGGGCACAUACAUUCCGAGGUUCCUGUGGAAAGCGUCCGUGUGCGCGUGGGGCAUCCCCGUCCUGCCCAUAUUAGCGGUGCUGGUAAUUGACAGUUCGUUGUAUGAUUACAAUGUCGAUAAGAGCAAUGACGUCCUUAUCUGCUGGAUGUCGGUAAACGCUUUUAAAUACGCUUUUCUCCCUCCUCUUGUGCUUACUAUGACUGUGAACUUAAUAAUGUUCAGUCUGAUCAUCCACGGGGCCGUGUGUGGCCGAGCGAGAGUCAAUUCCACGAUGUCGGAGCGAACGCUGUUCAUGAACCAGCUUCGAAUGGCCGUCUGCGUGUUCUUCCUCUUGGGCUUCACGUGGAUCUUCGGCCUCCUCGCCAUCAAGGACCUCCGGCCCACCUUCUCGUACCUGUUCUGCAUCUUCAACACUCUCCAGGGCUUCUUCAUCUUCCUGUUCCACGUGUGCCGCGAGCGCAGCGCCAGGAGGAUGUGGAGGGACUUCCUCUCCGUCCUGACGAAGGACCCGGUCUCCUCCUCGCCGGGGAACUCCUUCAACCCGGUCCACUCAGGGCACCACCGCGGCCACCCGGACAGCGUGUCCUUCGACAAGUGCGGCGGGAUCCUCGUCCUGCCCCGUGGCCCCCCCAUCCGCUCCCACCUCAGGUCCUCCCACCGCGCCAGCCUCCUGUCGGCGCGCACGGCCUCCACGCUCAUUCCCUCCUCUCGCGCCAGCUUCAACCCCUGAGGCUCCGUUCCUUCGCCCUCCGCCCAAACGCCUUCGGAAUUCCAGUGCAAAGUUCAAAGACAAUAUCGUAUCCUGUGUUAGAUUUUUUUUUUUUUUUUUUUUUUUUUUUGACAUAGAUUUAUAAGAAAAUGACUCUAUGGUAUUUAUAUGGUAUUUAAAGUAUCAUUCUUAAAUACCGUGAGUUCUCGAAGACAAUAUUUUUCUAUAAGCAUCCAAGGUCAAUGGGUUUCCAUAUCUGAGGCUUCUUUGUACUUAAUAAUGCUGGUAUUUCCAUUGCGUCAAAUGUACAAGCUGUGUAAUAUAAGUUAUUUAUACCAUCGAUUUUUCUAAGUAAAUCUAUAAUACUCACCGAAUACAGUGACUGCCAUUUGUAAAUAUUAUUUUAAGCUAAAAAAAAACAACUAAUCUAACCUUUACUGUUUAUACAUAUAUGUAAUUUUUAUAUAAAUGUUGUAUAUAAA